AUGAAGAAGAGAAGACGAAGAAGAGACGAAGGAGAAAGAGAAGGAGAAUCGCUUUAUAAGAACAAAAACAGCGCGCGAGAUCAACUUUUUUCGCCCCUCCAGAUCAAUAAUACCGGUACCCUCGCCUUCGCUCUCUUUCUCUCUCCAACUGCAACAACCAGCAACACAGCCAACUUCUGCACUCGACUUCAACUUCAACUCACGACUCUCGUCUUCUCUUCUUACUCUUCUACUCUUACUCUACUUCUCUUCUACUUCAUAAUGGCACCAAAAGCUGCUGAGAAGAAGCCCUCGACCGGCGGCAAGGCCCCGGCUGGCAAAGCUCCCGCUGAGAAGAAGGAGGCCGGCAAGAAGACUGCUGCCUCUGGCUCCGGCGACAAGAAGAAGCGCACCAAGGCCAGAAAGGAGACCUACUCCUCUUACAUCUUCAAGGUGCUCAAGCAAGUCCACCCUGACACUGGUAUCUCCAAGCGCGCCAUGUCCACCCUCAACUCCUUCGUCAAUGACAUCUUCGAGCGCGUUGCUACCGAGGCCUCCAAGCUCGCUGCCUACAACAAGAAAUCCACCAUCUCCACCAGAGAGAUUCAGACCUCCGUCCGUCUCAUCCUGCCCGGUGAACUGGCCAAGCACGCUGUCUCUGAGGGCACCAAGGCCGUCACCAAGUACUCUUCCUCUGCCCGAUAA